GGGUGGCACGUCCGAAGUUCGCCGGGAAGAAGAAAGAAAAUCCGAAGGCGCCAGGAAAUGGGGGAGAAUUAAUGCUGUCUAUAAAUAGUAAGCUCACCGGAGCCAGAAAUGCGGAUAGUCUCCUCCCUCCACCACCACCACCUCCUUCCACGAUCCCUCCCCCUCUUGAUCCCAUCCGCCGCCGGAGGAGAUCUUGCCGUUCUUGCGCUUGGAUCUAGACCGCAAGAUCGGUGAACGGCGACGCUCUCAUUGGUUGGUUUAUUAGUUGGCUGGUUUCUCUCUCCUCGUCGAUUCUUCUCCGGCGAACACGCCGCCGCCGCCGCUUCGGAUUCAAGGAUCUUGCAUUGCCUGUCUUUCCAAUUUCACAUUGGAUUUACUCGAACUGAUUCGUGCUGAAACAAAUUUGACCAAGAAAAGAAGAGGAGGUCAUCAGCAGGAUGAAGAGGGUGUCGUCCCACGUCUCCAUCGCCUCGGAGGCGGAGAUCAACCUCGAUCUCUCGCGGCUCCUCAUCGACAAGCCGAGGCUGACGCUGGAGAGGAAGAGGUCCUUCGACGAGCAGUCGUGGAGUGAGCUCUCCCACCGCCAGAACGACGGCUUCGACAGCAUCAUGCACUCCCCGGCGUUCCCCUCGGGCUUCGACUCGCCCUUCUCGCUGGGGACGCUCGGUGAUCCCCACCCGCUCGUGAACGAGGCGUGGGAGGCUCUCAGGAAGUCCGUGGUGUACUUCCGGGGGCAGCCGGUUGGGACGAUUGCCGCCGUCGACCAUGCGUCCGAGGAGGUGCUCAAUUAUGAUCAGGUUUUUGUGCGAGAUUUUUUUCCAAGUGCAUUGGCUUUUCUAAUGAAUAAUGAGACUGAUAUAGUGAAAAACUUCCUCUUGAAAACACUCCACCUGCAAAGCUCGGAGAAAAUGGUAGACCGUUUCAAGCUUGGAGCAGGAGCGAUGCCUGCAAGUUUCAAGGUGGAUCGUAAUCGGAACAGAAACACUGAAACUUUAGUUGCAGAUUUUGGUGAGAGUGCAAUUGGGAGGGUGGCUCCAGUGGACUCUGGAUUUUGGUGGAUUAUUCUACUCCGGGCAUAUACAAAGUAUACGGCAGAUACUAGUUUGGCAGAAUCACCAGAGUGUCAGAACUGCAUGAGGCUGAUACUGAACCUAUGCUUAUCUGAGGGAUUUGAUACCUUCCCAACUCUGCUCUGCACAGAUGGCUGCUCAAUGAUAGAUCGUCGAAUGGGUAUAUAUGGUUAUCCUAUUGAGAUCCAAGCUCUAUUCUACAUGGCGUUGAGAUGUGCUCUGCAGAUGCUUAAGCCAGAUGGUGAAGGGAAGGAUUUCAUAGAAAAGAUAGGGCAACGGCUACAUGCUCUAACCUACCACAUGAGGAAUUACUUCUGGCUAGAUUUCCCACACCUGAAUAACAUAUACAGAUAUAAAACAGAGGAGUAUUCACACACUGCUGUGAACAAAUUCAAUGUCAUCCCGGAUUCAAUCCCUGACUGGGUGUUUGAUUUCAUGCCAUGCCGGGGAGGCUACUUCCUUGGCAACGUGAGCCCAGCUAUGAUGGACUUUCGGUGGUUUGCCCUUGGAAAUUGCAUUGCCAUUAUAUCAUCUCUGGCUACUCCAGAGCAAUCAGUGGCAAUAAUGGAUCUGAUUGAGGAGCGGUGGGAAGAGCUAGUUGGUGAGAUGCCUCUGAAGAUAUGUUACCCUGCAAUUGAGAACCAUGAAUGGAGAAUAAUCACUGGCUGCGACCCGAAGAACACCCGGUGGAGUUAUCACAAUGGAGGAUCAUGGCCAGUUCUCCUGUGGCUGCUGACAGCAGCCUGCAUCAAGACUGGGCGUCCGCAGAUGGCGAAGCGCGCCAUUGAGCUCGCCGAGUCCAGGCUACUGAAGGACGGCUGGCCAGAGUACUACGAUGGCAAGCUGGGACGGUUCAUCGGCAAGCAGGCCAGGAAGUUCCAGACAUGGUCCAUCGCUGGCUACCUCGUAGCCCGUAUGAUGCUGGAGGACCCGUCGACGCUGAUGAUGAUCUCCAUGGAGGAAGACCGGCCGGUGAAGCCGACCAUGCGACGGUCAGCAUCAUGGAAUGCCUGAAAUGUUUUGAUAGAAUUUUUUUUUCCCAAAGAGAGGUUCAAUGUGGAAACUUAUAGGAGUUUUGUCCAAACAUGAAAAUGGGGUUCAAAAUUUACUGUAACUGUACUGUCAGUUAGGACAGAAGUGUAUACGAUAGAUCCAAGUCGUUUCAGAGCAAUUUUGUCCAACUUUUCGUAUCUGGCUUCAUCAAUCCAACAGAGAAGAAGUUUUUGUUGGUGAAACAUUUUUGCAAUAAUUAAACAGUUUUGUCUUGACAUAUAUACUAGCAUAUGUUUCUGUGAUGGAUAAUUCUUUGUAAUACUUUGUAGGACUUUCUGUUAAUAUACUCCUCACAUAUUUUCA